AUGUUUCAUAAGGAAAAAUAUAAGACUAGCACACCAACUCUUAAACUUCAAAGCACCCCCAACUUGGCACAGUCCAAUCCUUCAACAGCAAAACCAAAGAUAAAAUGUUAUAAAACUAUUAUAUUGGGUCCACAGAAAUCGGGGAAAAGUGUCUUUUUAUCUAAACUAUCGAACGGCUUUUUCGAAGAGGUUCAUUAUCCUACAAAUUCUGAGAGAUUUAGUACAUUUAACAUAGAUUUGCCAAUAAAUGGCUACGAUUGUUAUAACUCCAACAAUAAUUCUCUUGGAGAAGCAACGGAUAAAGUUACAUUGCAUAAUGAUAACAGUUUGAUUUAUUUCGAAAUAUUAGAUACACACGGUAUUUCAAUGGGUGAAUAUAAAGAACAUUUAUGUCUUAGAAGUAAUGCAAGUAAUAUUACCAAUUCCAUUUUGCCUGGACGUUACAAUAUAAUACUAGAUUACGAAUUCUGGCGGCAGCAACAAUUUUUAGGUUGCUUUGUUAUGUUUAAUGUUAAUAACGUGGAUGAACUUAAAUUAACCUACGAAUACAUUUUACCUACAUUGCUUGAUUCUGGCGUUGAUAGUAAUAAGCUUGACAGUUCAAGCAAGCUAUGCUGUGUUGUCAUAAGUAAUAAUAACAACCAUAGAUGUGAGUAUUUUGAUCAAGAACAGCUAGAAUUAUGUAAGGAAUUGCUUAUUAGAAUCAAGGGAUUUCUUACUAAAUUUGCUUAUUGUGAUUAUGUUGAAUUAAAUGUCAAAGAUGAUGAUGUAACCAAAUUGCAGAUGCCUCUAAUUCGCUUAGGUGAAAUAAUAGAAAGAAGAAAAGGUUUUACUAGAAAAAUAAGUAGUAGCAAUGAUACGAUACAAAUCCAUCGAAAUGAAUGUAUUAUUCAGUAA